AUGUCUGACCUCCUGCCGCUGCGCGAUGACGGCUACGUGGAGCUCUUCAAGUUGCAGCGGCUAUUCGGCGCGACCUUCUCAGAUUGCCAUGAAGGUGCUGAGGCCGGAGAGGCUGUGGUGCAGCCUCUGGCUAUCGAGCAGGCUUGGUGUCGCGGCGCAGUCAAGGUCGCGCUGUUGCUACGACCCACCGACCCCGCAUUCCCGCUCGCUAGUCUAGGUGAAGACAGGGCUAUCCCCAUGACGCUCACGCUCCACCGAGAAUGGCCGUCAGACAGUUCAGCUCAAGAACAGGGGGAGGAGAAGCCGGCAUGCCCAUCCGAUCCCGGCGACAGUGCGCCUUCCGCUGAUACUGGAGAGGCAGCCUCCGCUCCCAUCAGCUGCUACAGCAUGAGUGGCGCGGCCGAUAUAGUCAUAGACAAUGCGAGCAUUAGCCACGAGCUCAAGCUGGUCAUAAAAAAGGUUAUGCUCACCUUCGUGUCCAAGUACCGUUCAUCACAGCGCUACGUGAUCUACGAGUGCCUGAAAUUCCUGGACCGAGAACUUGUGCGAAUAUUCGCGCUGUAUGGAUCGCAACAAAACAAAAAGGAGGUUAAAGAGCCAACAGCUGCCGCCUCUACAGCGCCCAGCUCUGACCCCGACACGUGGUCGCUGCAAGAGCAAAAGAGCCUGGAGUUUGCAUUGGCGAAGACAAAAUCUUUAGCGGAUCCGGUGAAGCGCUGGGCGGCUGUCGCAAGCGUAGUCAAAACUAAGACGGCGGAGGAGUGUCGGCGCAGGUUCCAGCGCUGUAGAGAGCUGCUGCUCAACAAGGCCACCGAGGAACAUAAAUCGCUGGUAACGAUGCCAAAGGACUUCGAGACGGUGCUCGCCAAAAGCGAUGAGCUGCGCCUGCUAGAGCUUGAGCUGGAAAAAGUCAGCGUAAUCAAUGUAGUGAGCUUCGUUGCCCAAUUGGCUUGUAGCCGAUGUGAAGCGCUAUUCGACGCCACAUUCACCAUGGGUGACAAGAAGACCGCUGUAGUGCAGCGCAGCUGCAGUAACUGCAGCAUGGCCCAACGCGGGGAAUUCCAACCGCAGAUAGCCUUUAACACACAACCAGUCAUCGGCAGAAUGAGCCUGGAGAACUGCGUUUUCAGAAUGUUAAAGUGGUCUUCCAACCUUGAUGUAUUCAUGAGAGUCAGGUUUGCGCAAAAGGUCGAGCUGCCGCGGCUGCUUCGCCAACCUAACGCUACAGUUCAACACCGUGGAGUUCGGACACGAGGCUCCGUCGCCACAGUGAGUUUGGACUCUGAAUGUCAUCAUGCUGCAAAGGGCGAUUGCCGUAAAGCCGAAGUUCGUGCCACCAAAGACGCCUCGGCCAAAGGCGCCGCAGGCGCGCGGCCUGAAGGUUGGAACGCCAUUGCCGGACAACGGGGCGUGCAAACACUACAGGAAGUCGUUUCGGUGGUUCAGGUUCCCGUGUUGCGGAAAGGUACGGAAGCGGGAAGCGCAGUCAUACGUAUGUUAACACGCACGCAGCUGUUCCCGUGUGACGCAUGCCACGACGAGGUCUCCGACCACCCCUACGAGCCCGCACACAUGAUCGUAUGCGGGCGCUGCUCGACGCAGCAGCCGGUGUCCAAUAGCAAGUGUCGCGGCUGCGACCGCGGGUUCACCGCCUCGAGCUCGGCGUACUGGGAGGGCGGAAAAGGCUGCAGGGACGCAGUCAAGCUAAGCCGCAAGGAUUCCAAGAAAUACGGGCUGAUGCGCCGACAGGCGAACGCCACGGCGCGCGACGCCGGCGAUCGGAAAAACUAG